GGUUCGGUUUGCCUCACUACAUCCCCCUGCUGAUUCCUUAUCAUCCUUUGCAAUAAAGAGGAAAUGCGCUCCCAGAUCCCCAGCAGACCAAUGCAAAUAACAGACGCCAGCUUGAGGCGGACUUAUUUGGCAGUGGAGAUGUCGAACUUUACGCACGGGUCUGUGCCUAUCAACGAGUCGCUGAGCCAGGAUCCGGACAACUCAAGUGAAAUCAUUCUGCCAAUCUUUAUGUUUGCUGGCGGGGCCAUUGGGAAUCUGAUCGCGAUACUUGUCCUUUCUGUGUCCCGACAGCAGAAAAAGACCUCCGCCUUCUUCUCGUUGGUGCGCGGUCUGGCUGUGACGGACCUUCUAGGGACCUGUUUGGCCAGCCCGCUCACAAUAGCCAACUACAUGGACCACCAUGUGCUGCACGACCACCGCGUCUGCGAGUUUGACUCCUUUCUGUUGCUGUUUUUUGGUUUGACCGGACUGAGCAUCAUUUGCACCAUGGCAGCAGAACGGUAUCUGGCCAUCUGUUGUCCCUACAGAUACCAGCGGUGGGGGGUGGACAGCCGCUUUGCGCAAAAGUUCCUUCUCUUCAUUUACAUCAGUCACAUUUUAUUCUGCUGCCUCCCCAUGAUGGGCAUAUCGAGGAGCAAGCUGCAGCCGCCCGAAACCUGGUGCUUUAUUGACUGGAAGACCCCCGAGCCUGUAGCUGCAGCCUAUGCGGUUCUGUACGGGGCCGUGAGCCUGCUGCUCAUCCUCGGGACCAUCGCGCUCAAUCUGGCGGUGUGCGGAGCGCUGCUGCUGAUGCGCCGCAGAACCGUGCAGCGGAACUUCAGCAGAGCCAGCGUCAGGCAGAGGUGGAGGGCGCUGUCCACGGCGGCGGAGACGCAGAUGAUCGCAGUGCUGGUGAUGACCUCCGCGGUGGUCCUGGCCUGUUCGGCUCCCUUGGUGGUGCGCAUUUUUGCCAACCGCUUCCAGAAUGACCAAAAGGCAGAUCUGACAGCCAUCCGGAUCGCCUCGUUGAACCCCAUCCUGGACCCCUGGAUCUACAUCCUCCUCAGGAGAUCCCUGUUCCGACGUUUGCUCAGUCUAUCCAGGAGAUGCGACAGCCCAACCACUAUUUGCCCGCCUUCUCCUCAAAGUGAUCUGCUCUGUCCUGAGAUCAUGAAGCAGAACCGCGUGUUUAUUCAGCUGAUGUGCAAUGCACACAUCAUCACUCAGCUGCCUGCUUCUGUCAGCUUCACACCAUCUAACGCUGAGAUCCUCGGCCAGACUUGAGGCUCUGCAGAAUCAGUGGAUUUUAGUUACAAGCAGCUGUAAGGAAGCAGAACGACUCUCUAUAAAAAUUCGAUACUGUGACUAGAGACACAGUUAUCAGAAUCUGCUUUAUUUACAUUAAUGAAGACAGAUGAAGUAUAAAUAUGCAAAAGAAAUUAUAAAAAUAUAUGUUUUUUAAAUAUAUAAAUAUUUACAAAUGUACAAAUGUGAGUGAUGUUAACGUGGACAUUCUGAAUUCUAAGUUUUGUUGGAGAGAGACUUUCUGGAGGAAAAACUGUCUCUGUGCUGGAUAUGUCUUUGUUAAUGUUACUCUGUUGUGCAGACAUGACCUCUACCAGACUGGGGAGAAGAUCAUCCCCUAUUAUGCUCUCCACAGAUCUGAUUGUUUGUUGGACUUUGGACCUCUUCAGUUUUAUUUCCACAAAGGGCAAUAAAAAGAAAAGUCUGAAUAAGAAUUCCUAUAGAAGGUUAGCUUCUUAGGUUGUUGCAAAAAAUACAGUCUCAUGUCAGCCUCCUUCCCACCGCAGAAGUCCAGUCAUUUUGUGGAAAGAGGUGGAAUGGGAAGAGAAUACAACCUGAGAUGCCCCUCAGCUGCCAAUUAGUUAGGAAGCUGGUGAUCCACAGAAUCUGUGAGCUGGGUGAUCUAUUAUUGGGCAGUGUCUGGAUUGAUGGUGUUGAAGGCAAAGCUGAAGUCCACAAACAAGAUCUUGGCUGCUUCCAUGACUGUUCAAAGUUAUAGGAGGAAGUGUAGUCCCAGGUUGACUUCUGUCUGCUUGGUAGGCAAACGGGAGGGAAUCCAGCAGGGGGCCUGAGAUGAACUACAGAUGCUUAAACAAAAAUUCCUUCAAUGAUUUUAUUACCAUAGAUGUCAUUUAAUCGCAAGAUGGUGUGAAAGAGAUGAAUGGGGAACUUUUGAAGCAUAACAGACGCUCAGGGAGCUCAUAAGACUCGUUGAAGAUCUGAGUGAAGAUGGGAGCCUAUUGGCUCUCAGGCAUGAGAAGGAGACAUUGUCAGCUCUUUGUCCUGUGAUCCUGAAAGAGCCUAUUUGAAUUUUACUGAGAGAAAUCUAAUCCAGGUGGAGGGUCUGAGGGUGGGUAAUAGUUGAUGCUUGUCAGAGGUGGAGCUAGAAGGGGGCACGGUUGGCCUUUGGAAAACUUUACCUAUUUUGAUAUACUGUAGAGCAGAACAAGCAGUUCCCCUGUAAAACAUAGGGUGGCAGCAGUGAUACACUCAGGUGAAAUGUCCUAACUUGAUUUUUCUGUUGUUCUUAUAUAAACCACACACUGUAAAAAAA